UGGGCGUGUUCUUCAUUUAGUUUGCUUGAUUCCAUGCAGGGCGUAUUUUUCUUCAACAUCGUUCAAUGGACUCCGAUCAAGUACCUGGGCUACUCAUAUCCAUUCUGGGCGCACGCCUUCGGCUGGUUUACUGCACUCUCGUCAAUGUUGUGCAUUCCCGGCUAUAUGAUCUGGCUGUGGAGAAAUACUCCGGGAGAUCGCGCCAAUAAAAUUCGACUGAUCGUUCGAAUCGAAGACAGCGUGAGCCAACUCCGGGAGAGAAUGCAAGCCGAUGCCGAGAAGGGCAUGGAACUGUAAAAGUAGAUGCUCUAGCAUUAUCCAGUGGUUCUUUUAAUGACUAGAAAUCAUUCUAUCGAUUAUUCUUUCCUUUCACUGUUCUUUUUAUGAUAAUAUC